AAAAGAGACUCGAAAAUGUUGUCCAGGCUCUUUCGAAUGCAUGGCCUUUUUGUAGCCUCUCACCCGUGGGAAGUCAUUGUGGGGACAGUGACUCUCACCAUCUGUAUGAUGUCCAUGAAGAUGUUCACUGGGAACGAUAAGAUCUGUGGCUGGAAUUACGAGUGCCCCAAACUUGAAGAAGAUGUUCUGAGCAGUGACAUCAUCAUCCUGACAAUCACACGCUGUAUAGCAAUCCUUUAUAUAUAUUUCCAAUUUCAGAACCUAAGGCAGCUUGGAUCAAAGUACAUUUUAGGUAUUGCUGGCCUCUUCACAAUCUUCUCAAGUUUUGUUUUUAGUACAGUGGUAAUUCACUUCUUGGAUAAAGAACUAACGGGUUUAAAUGAAGCUUUACCGUUCUUCCUGCUUCUGAUUGAUCUGUCAAGAGCAAGUGCACUAGCCAAAUUUGCACUCAGUUCCAACUCACAGGAUGAAGUAAGGGAAAAUAUUUCACGUGGAAUGGCAAUUUUGGGCCCUACGUUUACACUGGAUGCUCUUGUGGAGUGUCUUGUGAUUGGUGUUGGUACUAUGUCAGGUGUACGACAACUUGAAAUUAUGUGCUGCUUUGGCUGUAUGUCUGUUCUUGCCAACUACUUCGUCUUCAUGACCUUCUUUCCAGCUUGUGUGUCAUUGGUAUUAGAGCUUUCUCGAGAGAGCCGUGAAGGGCGCCCGAUCUGGCAGCUUAGCCAUUUCGCUCGUGUUCUGGAAGAAGAAGAAAAUAAACCAAAUCCUGUAACACAGAGGGUCAAAAUGAUUAUGUCGCUGGGCCUGGUUCUUGUUCACGCCCACAGCCGCUGGAUAGCGGAACCAGCGGCUCAGAACAGCACCGUGGAGAGCUCGGUGGGACUGGAUGAGAACGCGCCCAAGAGGAUUGAGCCCAACGUGUCCCUGUGGCAGUUCUACCUCUCUCGAAUGGCCAGCAUGGACAUUGAACAAGUAAUCACUCUUGGAUUAGCCCUUCUCCUUGCUGUCAAAUACAUUUUCUUUGAGCAAGCAGAGACUGAAUCCACGCUUUCACUGAAGAACCCCAUAACAUCUCCAGUGAUGGUCCAGAAAAAGGUCCCUGAGAAUUGUUGCAGGAAGCAAUCUGGACUUCAGAAAAACAGUCAGAAAUCUAAUGCAGCAGAAGAACCUUUAGUUCCCAAAGAUGGAAAUGAUGAAAUCAUAAAGCCUGUAUUACCAGAGUCGUCAACCAAGGCUACAUUUGUAGUUGGCAGCUGCAGCCCUGUGGAAACUUCUUCAUUUCCUAGUGGGAAAGAGGAAGAAAUUGAGUUGCCUAAAGAACCACGUUCUAUUGAGGAAUGUGUUCGUAUACUUGGAAAUGCAGAGAAAGGAGCAAAAUUCCUUACUGAUGCUGAGGUUAUCAGCCUAGUUAAUGCUAAGCAUAUUCCUGCGUACAAACUGGAGACCCUCAUGGAGACCCAGGAGCGAGGUGUGUCCAUUCGCCGGCAGAUGUUAUCCAAGAAACUCCCCGAACCGUCGUCUUUGCAAUAUCUUCCUUACAGGAAUUAUAACUACUCUUUGGUUAUGGGAGCUUGCUGUGAAAAUGUGAUUGGAUAUAUGCCUAUUCCUGUAGGCAUAGCAGGACCACUGUUUUUGGAUAACAAAGAGUUUCAGGUGCCAAUGGCAACAACAGAGGGAUGUCUUGUAGCAAGUACAAACAGAGGAUGUAGAGCAAUAUGUCUUGGUGGAGGAGCAAGCAGCCGCAUUCUGGCGGAUGGGAUGACUCGGGGACCUGUAGUGAGGCUGCCCACUGCUUGCCAGGCUGCAGAAGUGAAAGUCUGGCUUGAAAGCCCUGAAGGCUUUAAAAUAAUGAAGGAAGCUUUUGACAGCACAAGCAGGUUUGCCCGCCUACAAAAGCUUCUCAUCAGUUUGGCUGGCCGUAACCUUUAUAUCCGUUUUCAGUCUGGAACAGGGGAUGCAAUGGGAAUGAAUAUGAUUUCAAAAGGUACUGAAAAAGCACUGGCAAGGCUGAAUGAAGAGUUUCCUUACCUCCAGGUUAUAGCUAUUAGUGGUAACUAUUGUACAGACAAAAAACCUGCCGCUAUAAACUGGAUAGAAGGAAGAGGAAAGUCUGUUGUCUGUGAAGCAGUCAUUCCAGCCAAGGUUGUUAGAGAAGUGUUGAAGACAACUACAGAAGAUCUAGUUGAAGUGAACAUAAACAAAAAUUUGGUGGGUUCUGCGAUGGCUGGUAGCAUAGGUGGCUACAACGCACACGCAGCAAACAUUGUGACAGCUAUUUACAUUGCCUGUGGUCAGGACGCCGCGCAGAACGUGGGCAGCUCUAACUGCAUCACCCUGAUGGAGCGGACCGGUGCAUCCAACGAAGACCUGUACAUCAGCUGCACCAUGCCCUCCAUAGAAAUAGGCACCGUCGGCGGAGGCACCAACUUGCUCCCGCAGCAGGCCUGUUUGCAGAUGCUUGGGGUUCAAGGUGCAAGCCAAGAUAACCCUGGUGAAAAUGCCCGUCAGCUUGCUAAAAUUGUUUGUGCGACAGUGAUGGCAGGAGAACUGUCACUAAUGGCAGCUCUUGCAGCUGGGCAUCUAGUUAAAAGCCACAUGAUCCACAACAGGUCAAAAAUAAAUCUACAAGAUCUUCAAGGAACCUGCACUAAGAAGGCAGCUUGAAUACUAAAACAGCUUUGAAAUGAAGAA